UCGACUCGUUUACUGUUGAAUGUUGAUGUGACACGCCUGGAAGGCACUAUGACAGUCAACAUUCCGCCGCCUCCAUCCGAUCGACUUUGGUAUGCUUUCCGCACUCCACCGAAACUUUCAAUUCGAAGUGUUCCUCAAGUGGGUGACAGAUCUGUGGAUAUGAGCACAGUGUCCAGUUGGAUCGAGAAUAAACUUCGAUUGCUGCUAGAGAAAAAUUUAGUGUGUCCGAACAUGGACGACUUGAUUGUUCCUGUAAUGAGUGGCAAUGAGCUUCUUAAAAGUGGUUAUAAUCAGUGA